ACGUGACCGUGGUUUGCUGUAACUGUUUACUAGUGACGUCGCUUACUGAGCUGUGCAGAGACCCGCCUAGAAUAAGCAGCCUAAAAAGAGCAAACUCGAGGCGCGGUAGUAUAUUUUCUUGUCCAGAGCGAACAGGAAAAACUGUUCCACAUUUUUCAGACACAAAUGCCAGGUCCCACCCAAGCACAGUCCCCAAAUGGAGAGAACAAUAACGACAUCCUUCAAGACAAUGGAACGAACAUCAUUCCCUACAGAAAAAACACAGUUCGAGGAGAGCGCGCCUACAGCUGGGGCAUGGCGGUUAACGUUUAUUCUACCUCAAUUACCCAGGAGACUAUGAGCAGACAUGACAUUACUGCCUGGGUAAAUGACCUGCUUAGCCUAAACUACACAAAAGUGGAGCAGCUAUCUUCAGGUGCAGCUUACUGCCAGUUUAUGGAUAUGCUUUUCCCUGGCUGCAUUAGUCUAAAGAAGGUCAAGUUUCAGGCGAAGCUAGAGCACGAAUACAUUCACAACUUUAAACUUCUUCAGGCUUCAUUCAAGAGAAUGAAUGUAGAUAAGAUAAUUCCAGUAGAGAAACUUGUCAAGGGUCGAUUUCAAGAUAAUCUGGACUUUAUUCAGUGGUUUAAAAAGUUCUUUGACGCUAACUAUGAUGGUAAAGAGUAUGACCCUGUGGAGGCACGACAGGGCCAGGAUGCCAUUCCUCCCCCAGAUCCUGGAGAACAGAUCUUCAAUCUGCCAAAAAAGUCGCACCAUGCUGCCAGUUCCCCCACAGCAGGAGCUACUAGAUCAUCAAGUUCAACUCCCAAAUCAUCCACGUCAACCUCGCGGCCCUCUUCUGCCAAAAAGGUCCCUGUGAUGCCUACAACCCCUGCCAAGGGCGAGAAGGAACUAGAGGCUCAAGUAGCACAGCUUAAUGAACAGCUAAACACAUUAAAGCUGGCGCUGGAGGGUGCGGAAAAGGAACGGGACUUCUACUUUGGAAAACUGCGGGAGGUGGAGCUGCUCUGCCAAGAACAAGGCCAGGAUAAUGGAGCCUUUGUAGAUAGAAUUAUGGAGGUGCUGUACUCCACAGAUGAACAGGAGGCUGGUGGAGAAGGAGAACAUGAGGCCCUUGCACAGGAAGCAGAGGUCCAUGAUGACACACAAGAUGAAUACUGAACAUCAGCACACACACAUACGUUUAUGCAUACACAUUGCUGUUUUUAAUUUUCCCUCAGUCCUGUUUACUUUUUAAGGGCAGAACUGCCUGUUUUGGCCAUUUGCAUUUUUUGUUUUGUGAGAACUUUGAAUGUUGAAUCACGUCCCUGUAUAUCUCUUAAAAACCCAGCCCAUUUGCAGAGUUUUUACAUUGAGGAUUUUAAGGCUAAACAGAUUUUUUUUUAUACAGUGCUGUUACUUUUCUGUCAAAUGUCAGUUUCUUAAACCCAGAUGCUUAUCUAGUCAUACAAUUUUACAUAUUAAGCUAAUUAGUCAUGAGUGACUAUCACAAUUUAAAAAAGUCCUUUUCUAAAAAGUUCUUUUAAUGCUUAAUCUGCUUUUAUAUAAGAAACAGAACCAUUAAAAUCACUUUGAUGUUAUCCCUUUGGGACAAUUGCUGUCAGAUAUACAUUAUUAUAAUGUCCAAGUAUUUUGUUUUAUGCUAUACAGUACAGUUAUCCUGUACUUGCUUUUACUAGUUUGUUGGGAAAUCUACCACAUGAAGAUAUUUUAAUAUAAUUUUAAACCAGUCUUAGCAGAACUAAUGGUCUCUUCACUGAACAAUUGGUCAAAGUCCAGUACUCUAGUGCAUUGUAAACUGUUUCAUAACAUUGCAUUUAGAUUUAUUAUCCACACCACAGUAUGUUAAUAUUGUCUACAACAAAAAAGGAAUGUAAUGUAUUGUUAAUAAGUAUAAAUAGAAAAUGUUUUUCUCUGUAUUUGGUAUUAUGCAUUCCCCAAACUGUGUUGCAUGUUGUCAUUAUUUGUGCAUAACUUGACCUGCUUUUUACAUAUUUAAUAUAAAUUUAUGUUAUGUGGUUUUGUAUGUUUAACCUGCUAUCCUCAUAGUGGUGGACAAACCUGAGGUAUUAAAUUACUGUCACUUUGAAA